AAAGGAAAGAUCUAUUAUUGGAUUUGAAUUGCAAACCAGAGUCGAAUUUGUGAUCUUGUUGCAGAGCAGCAGAGGAUAGAUUUAGGGCUCGGUUGCGACAAGUGAGAGACACGAGUCGAAAGUAAUGUCCGGCCGAUUCUCCGCGCAUGCUUUAACGUCAAAAGAGGAAUUCACGAGAAUGGAACUGUCCCCAGAUCUUUAGUUCCCGGUCCGUAAGAAACAAAUGGGUGGGUCUGAAAUUUCAAGAUCAGAGGAGAAGAGCGGUUUUGGGUUCGUUAAAAUUUUUGGAAAUAAUGUUUUACUUCCUGGAUGUUUGGUCUGGAUCAACCAGACAAUUCAAGAGCCUCUUAAGGCUGAGUUCAAGAGAUUAAGGAAUGUCAAAGAGGUAAGCUUGAUCACUAAGCCAGCGUCGUCAGAAAUAGUGACUACUAAUUAUGAUGAGGAAAGAUAUGAGGAGAAGUUAGAGAAGCAGUUACAAGCUUGGAGAGAUAAUCCUUCAUGGACAGAUCAACCUCCUAAGGUUCAGGUGAAAACACAGAAAGGUUCGUUUUGCCAUUUGAACGUAGAAGUAAACGUAGGAUUACCUCCUGAAUCAGUCUACAACAUUUUCACCCAUCCAGACAACAAAAGAUACUUCAAAAACAUUAAGGAAUGUAUAUCGAGAAAAGUUUUGAUGGAGGAAGGAGCAGUGCAGACCGUGGAGGUGAAGCAAGCAGCGGCCUGGAAAUUCCUUUGGUGGGCUGGAACUUUCCCUAUACAUCUAAUUGUCCAAGAAAACCGAAAAAAUCUCACCUCAAAUUAUAGGCAAGAGAAAACAAUGUUCAUGAAAGUGUUCGAGGGCUGUUGGAAAGUAGAGCCAUUGUUUAUAGACGAACAUUUGUGUGAGACAAGAAAGCCAAGAACUCGAGAAGAUUACGAAAGCUGUAGCAACGGGCGAGGAAGGAUCGGUUCGAAGGUGACAAUGGAUCAGAUGUUUCAGCCUUCUGCUAUUCUUACUCCACCGCCACUUUCUUGGUACAUUCAUGGGAUCACCAUUAAAACAACAGAGAGUAUGAUUGAAGAUCUUCUCGCUGAAGCUGCAAAAAUCCGAAGAGGAGGAGGAGGAGGCCAUGAUGAUGAUCAAGGCAAGAACGGCGUGGAAUCGGAGAAAAGCAAAACUGAGGACAUUAAGGAGAGGUGGAGAUCACGUCGGAGGAGAUAUACGAACCGGAGGAGGCUAUAAAUAAAAUAAUUCAAGGAGAUUGUGGUUUUAAGAUUCUCUUGAUUGUUCUGAAAAUUUGGAAUAUUUCAUUACUAUGUGAAAGAAUGCUCUUUACAAA